AUGGUAGUUGCAGCACAAUCAACUCCAUUUUCACUCUCUUCCGUGCCUUUCACGCGCCGUCGUAGCUUCAGACAGUUUUCAGUACCUCGAAUAAGCGCCAGUCUUUCUCCGGAGUGCUCUCCUCUUCUCCGAGCAGCUCAUCACACCGUGGAUACUUAUGUAAAGAGUGGAAUGGUUAUCGGUUUAGGAUCUGGAGAAGCUUCAGAUUUGGCUAUACGUUAUUUGGGUCAGCAGCUUCGUUCUGGUUCUUUACAAGAUGUUGUUGGUGUACCAAUGUCUGCUCGAAGCGCGAGCGAAGCAGCAAAAUCUGGAAUCCCCUUGAAAUACUUCCGAGAUGAUUUUCAGAUUGAUUUUGCAUUUCAUGAUGCUGAUGCUGUAGAAGAGAGUACGCUUAUCGCAGCCAUCGGACGACGAAGAAGAUCACCACAGGAAGAAGAUGACUACAUUCUGCGACAAAAGUCUAUUGUAAAAGCAGCUGAUGAAGCAAUCUUCAUGAUAAAGGAAGAACAGUACAAGACCAAACUCGAAGGAUCUAUCCCUGUCUUAGUUCAAUCCCUAAACUGGUUAGCUAUAGCAGAGGAGAUAGAUGACCUUUAUCUAGGCGACGCAGAGGUGUGGAGAAGAGCUUCUGUAGGAGAUGCUGGUCCUCUUGGAGGAGACUUUCCUAUAGUCACAAGUGAUGGUCACAACAUUCUUGAUCUUAUCUUCACAACUCCUAUUCCAAGCCUCGCUGACGUGGCUAAAAGCCUUGAUACGAUUGUUGGGGUUGUGGACCAUGGACUUGUUAUCAAAACUCGAUGCACGGUUGUGAUCGCUGGAGAAACCGAAGUGAGAAGUGUUACCUUGCAGACUAGUCACUAG